GGGAAUUCCAUUGCUACCGCGGAUAGCCAAUCUCGUGCUCUGAUGGGCGUCUGAACUCAUCUUUGCGCAAUACAAUUUUUUCCCGUGGAAUGUGGUUCGCGAAGCUUGAUAUUGCGUGCUUUGCGGAGAAUGUUGCGCGAGACACGCAAUAGUAAGUCGCCGAUUGGCAUUUCAAACUGGUUUAGUAUAAUACAACUGAGACGCUGAGAAAGAAGGAUAGACAAUUGCUCCUAUUCAUCACCUUGUUCGUAGAAUGUCCGCCACGCUCACUGUCACUGAUACCGCCCCUGCCUCGCCGCCUCCGCUUCCUAGAUGGGAAGCACCGAAAGUGACUGAGGCGGAGGUGGAAUGGGCCGACAUACUUACAGUUGAUCUCUCGCUGUAUGAUACGAAUAAGAGCGAGCUUGUCAAGACUGUUGAGAAGGCACUCAGUCGCGACGGUUUCUUCUAUGUUGUUGGCCAUGGCAUUUCACCUGAAACUUUGAAUCGUCAGUUCUCCAUUGGCCAAUUGACUUUUGACGGAGUGUCCCGAGAGGCGAAGGAACGACACAGGGCUCCGAUCAAGGAGGAAGGCUCGUUUAUUGGCUAUAAGUUACAAAAUUACUGGGAGAUUAAAGAUGGUGUACGAGACAGAAUAGAGCAUUACAACUUUUACCUGGGCCAGAUAGACCCGACGAGUCGACACCCGAAGCCUUUACAGCCUUACGUCCCAGAAAUUAAGGCCUAUCUAGAUGAAACCCGGGAAAAGGUGUUGCGACGUGUCCUUAAUCUCAUCGACGGUGUUCUCGGUCUAGAAGAAGGUUAUUUGUGGAAGCUCCACAAGGAUACCGACGGGAAUACUGGUCAUGAUCUUCUCCGAUAUAUGAUUUAUGACCCUCUGACGAAGGAUGAGUCCGCAAAGACAAACGGCGUGAUGCUGAACGGGCAUACCGAUUUCAACAGCAUCUCCACGCUCGUGUCCCAACCUAUCACCGCACUCCAAGUCCUCAUGCCUGACAAUGUUUGGCGAUACGUCAAACACAAAGACAAUGCGCUUGUCAUCAAUAUUGGCGAUCAGCUAUCCUUCAUGAGCGGCGGUAUCCUCAAGGGAACAAUGCAUCGAGUGGUCAGUCCUCCCGAGGAUCAGCAACAGAAACGCAGGCUCGGUGUCUUCCAUUUCGCCCACUUCCUUAAUGACAUCCCUCUCGACCUGCUGCCAUCGAAGAAGGUCCACGAGGAGGGUCAUGUCAUUUUCCACGACCAAAUUCCCACCACUGACGGGUGGGAGACGGCCCGUAUCAAAAGCUACGGCACCGGUACGUUCAUCAAGGGAGAAGAAUAUGAUGUGGAACUUCUAGCAGGUAUCAAGAUUCGUCACUAUCACUGAACGGACCCCGAUCAAAAAUAUACCCUGCAACGUUCCCGGUUGUCUUGCUAGCAUAGAAGUGUACUUAUCCAGACUCGUGUACUUUUUAUUUUGUACUAUCCGUAACAAGUAAAUCAUCAAAAGUCUUGGUGCGAUGU